AUGGACCUUUCUCCCUGCUUUGGACUUCGGAAGAAGCUCUUCACAACGCAGAAUGCCGGCCUCGGCAAUGUGUUCUGGCAGACGCUGAUGCUGGCUGUGGCAGGGGCACUGACGGAUCGGGCGUUGGUCAUCCAGCAGCGGCAGGACCACAUUGAUCUGUCAGACUUUUUCACGGCCAUCCAGAAGGCAGGCAUCAACGACCAGGCUGCCCGCGGCGCACACGCGCUCCAGAGUCGGGCUUGGAGUUGGACGGAUCUGCUAGCAGAGCUCGGGGCGAGUGAUGAGUCGAUCUUCACGAACGCCGGAGUGAACUGGGAGGACCUCCACACGGCAAAACAGGCGGAUCUUAAGCGGCCACUCUGGCGGAGAAGCCGCGAAGACGCGGCAAGUUGCAUGGCCCGGGCGCUUUUUGACGCGCCGAGCUUGGAGCUGCUGGGGGCUCUUAAGCCGCCGUUGGCACACAUGUCCAGCUCGGACGUCCUCGUUGGCCUCCACCUGCGCUUCGGUGACAGCGUGCUGCUGAAGCACAUGCACUACAACGGGUCCUGGGAUCAUGCCAGCGACAAGCGCCUAGAUGACGAUGCCAUGGAUAAAGUGUGGAAGACUUUGGAUAAAUUGAUCGCACGGCUGGAAGACGGCUCAGAAGCCCGUGCGCGCCUCUACAUUGCCACAGACAACCCGCCCAUCCUGGAUGUGGCGAGGGCUCGGUAUGGGGAUCGCUUGAUACCGGAGAUUCCGUCGGCAUCGAUCUUCCAUUCCUACUUGCCCCAACCCAGACAAGAGCCUGCCCAUUCGCAGUAUCGCCAAUCCUUCGUGAAGAUGGUGGCCGAGUGGUUCCUGCUGGCCCUGAGCGACGUGCUCGUGCAGCCCAUGGGCAGCAGCUACAGCGACACGGCCAUGGUCCUCUCCAUGCAGCACCUCACCGUCCUGAAGAAGGGGAGGAUGGCCAUUGCGGACGAUGGACUUCAGAGGGUGCUGGAGAGCCUAGCGUUGCAGCAGCUUUUCGUACCUGCGACACCGGCGGUGCCAUCUUCCGAAUGGCCCAAGUCAGCUGAAGUUGGGAGGAUGGCGCAUCUGGAGAGCUUCGGGUUCUACGAUGAGCCCGACUCGCGCUGGAUGCUCCGCAAGCUCAUCAACAUCCACCAGGCAGCCCUGGAGCAGACUUGCAAGGACGACUGCUCCAUACCUGGCUUUCUGCCUUGCGAUGGGACGAAGUGGUGGCAGUUACACUUCGAGCCUACAUUCAGCUGCCCAUUCGAGAGGCGCAUCGGCCCAUCUGGCAUCCACGGCAAGUGGGUGUGUGACCCCCAUCGCGUUGAUGAGAUGGCAAGAGACAGCGGGUGCCUGGUGUACUCCUUCCGGGGGACCGACAGGUUCUACUUCGAGAAGGCAGUGCGCAACGCUGUGUCAAAGCGCUGUGAGAUCCACGUCUUCAGCCCGAAGCCGUGGCGAUCUCACGGGGGCUACAAGGCUCCCCCGCCGUAUGUUCACUUCCACGUGCGCGAGAUUGGCUCGCGGCCUCCAGCAGUGUCCCUGGAGGCCCUGAUGGCCGAGCUUGGCCACUCUGGCCGCCACAUUGACAUCCUCAACAUCGACUGCCAAGGGUGCGAGUGGCAGCAGUAUCCGGGCUGGUUCCAUUCCACCGUCUUCGUGCGGCAGAUACUGCUGAGAAUGACUUGGCCCGCGGAUGACUUGGACCACCCCACUGACAAAGGGGCAAUAAAGAGGCGUCAGCGACAAUUCUUGCAGACUCCCAAAGAUCCGCCCCCGGCAAUCCCUGCACUGCAUCGGCUUUUUGCGCUGAAUGGCUAUGUGGUGACGCACAAGGAGUUUGACACAGCAGCAUGCCAUGGGAAUUGCGUGGACAUGUCGUUCUUGAAGCUGGAUCUUGCUUUCCAAAGCCUGGACACCCUGACACCAAGCUCGCCAUUUUAUGAGCUACAGGCGCUGGAAAGCAGCUGGAAGACUACAAACAAAGCAGGGUGCUGGGAUUCUCAUCCAGGACUUGGGCCACUCAGCGUCUCGCAGCUGAAGAGCUAUCUGCUGGGUGAGGGAGGCGCAACGAUGUUUCAGGGCUGGGAUUUGAAAGGCAAGGGCUCCGGCCUGUCUUUGCAAGAGAGCCUUGGGUACAUCGACGAAGACGACGCCAGCUGGAAGAGGCGGAAGCAGAUCCACAAGGACGCCCUGGAUGCGCAGCUUCAGAAGGCGCACCUCAGCACACUCGAGUCGCUGGGUCCCCUGGAGAUCUGGUACUACAACUACGACCCCAGCUUCAGCUGCGACUUCCUGCGGCGGCUGGGGCGCUUUGGGGACGGCGGCAAGUGGGUCUGCGACCCCCACCGCCUCACGAUGCGCGCCGAGGAGGGCGGCUGCCUGGUCUACUCCAUCGGAAGCGUGGGGGACAGCUCCUUCGAAGCCUCGGUCUACGAGUCGAUCUCCCCGGCUUGCGAGAUUCACACCUUUGACUUGAAUCCCUGGAGCUACUACACCUCCAGGGAGAUGCCCAAGUUCAUGAACUACCAUACGCAGAGGAUCGGCAAGGAGCCCCCUUCCAAGACCAUCCCGGAGAUAGUGAAGGACCUGGGCCACACGGAUCGCACCAUCGACCUCUUCAAGAUCGACUGUGAAGGUUGUGAGUGGGAGACUUUCGACAGCUGGCUAGGUGCUGGCGUGAACAUUCGUAUGUUCUUGGUUGAGAUCCACUAUCCGAAGAAGCAGGAGCAACUCCAUGACUUCUUCGACACCCUCCAAUCUCACGGCUACGCGAUCUAUCGCAAGGAGCCAAACACACUCGGGAGUCAAGGAGGUUACCAAGAGUACGGAUUCAUCAAGCUUGGCUUGGAUUUCUGA